AUGGACAAGUCAGAACAAGCAGAAGUCGCCCUUUCGAACAAGGUCGAAGACCCUGUCAAGCCCAUCACUACGGAAGAGCUGGACGACGACCCUGUAUUCUCUAAGAAUGAGCAGUCAGAUAUCAAACGACUCAUCGAUCGCUCCUUGAUUGUCAUCACCGGGCUCAUGUACAUGAUCGCAAUUCUAGACAGGGCUAAUUUGGGCAACGCAGCAAUAGCCGGCAUGUCCGAGGAUCUGGGAUUGGGGUCGGCUAUCGUUAUUGAUGCCAUCAAACAGUCGCUCAUCGCUCUAGUUCUCUUCAUCACCUAUGUUCUGUUUCAGCCUCCAGCCACACUCCUAGUGCGAAAAUUCGGACCUCGUUUCUUCUUACCGACUAUUUGCCUCUGCUGGGGCAUUGUCACGGACGGUGUAGGGGGUUAUGCAGGCUGGCGGUGGAUCUUCAUCAUUGAAGGCCUUUGUACUUGCGUUGUUUCUGCGCUAGGUGCCGUCUUUAUGGUUCCCUUUCCCGAUCAGUUGCUUGAGAAAGAGAAGUUCUGGCCAACCUUCCUCAAGAAAGAGGAAAUCGAGUUUGUUGUGCGAUGUAUUAACAAGGAUCGAAAUGAUGCAUUUGCCGAUGUCUGGAGCUGGAAGAAAUGGGCUUCCUCUGGCUUGGACCCAAAAGUCUGGAGCUUCGCGCUGAUCUUCAUAUUUACCAAUUCCCAAGGAUACGCGGUGGCCUACUUUCUUCCCAUCAUUUUACGACAAACCCUGGGAUUCUCACUCCUAAAGGCUCAAUGUCUAUCUGCUCCACCAUAUGUGUUCACUGCUGUCAUGACACUUAUUGUCCCCUGGAUCGGAGACCACUAUCACAUCCGAGGCCCGUUAUUGGCUGCCAACGCAGUCAUGGGCUUGAUAGCAUUGCCAAUCAUCGGUUGGGCAAAGGGACCAGCUGUUCGAUACUUUGGCACCUUUCUUGUCGCUGCGUCGGGCAAUGUGGCCACCCCGUUGGGCAUGGCAUAUCAGGCUAACAAUAUACGCGGGCACUGGAAACGCAAAUUCUGUUCCGCAACCUUAGUUGGGUCUGGAGCAGGCAUUGGGGCGAUCACUGGCACCCUGAUUUUCCGAUCGCAAGACGCUCCUGAAUACCGACCAAGGUUAUAUGGCUGUAUCACCUGCAAUCUCUUGGUCAUCCUUUUUGUUUCCAUCAACACCAUGUACUUCCGACAUCAGAAUCGUCUUGCCGAUAAGCAUGGUGAAGUUCUUGAGGGUGAAACCAGCUUCAGAUACACUAUUUGA